UUAAGCUUUAUUGAUUAAAGUCUCUUCGUUUAAGUUGUUUUUAAUUUUAUUUUGGGGAAAUUGUGAUUAAAAUUUUUUUUUUGAAAAAGUGAAAAUAAAAAUGUUGAUUUUUUUAAGUUUAUUCAUUAUUUCUACGUUUAUCACGCAAUUAAAUGCUGCAAAUUUUGUUACGCCCGAAUACGUCAUACCAUGUAACAAAUCGGAUCCAGAUAUUAAUGCAUGUAUAUUAGGUUCAUUUAAUCAUUUGCGGCCAUAUUUAAUACGUGGAAUACCUGAUAUACAAGUACCAAGUAUUGAACCAAUGAUCAUACCACGCUUAGUUAUGGAGAAUAAUGCUGGAGCUGUUCGUGUGAAAGCAUUAUUUGUAAAUAAUACAAUUUUUGGAUCCAGUAAUUAUACAAUACAAAGUUUAAACGCUGAUAUUGAUACUUGGAGAAUAAAUAUAAUAUUAUCGUUGCCACGAAUUGAAGUUAAAGGCAAAUAUGAAGUAAUUGGUCAAAUUCUCUUAUUCCCUGUACGGUCUAAAGGUGACUUUUGGGCAGCAUUUGGUGAUGUCAGCGCCAAAGUGGAACUAUUUGGAAAAAUUGUAAAGAAUAAAGAAAAUGUACGGUUUAUGAAAAUUGAUAAUUUACUCGUUGAUUUUAAAUUACAAAAAUCGAAAUUUAAAAUUCGAGAUCAAGUUAACCACGCAAACGUUAUUGGUCAAGCAAUGAACCAAUUUCUAAAUCAAAAUGCCAAUGAAAUUAUCCAAGAAAUGAAACCAGCAGCGUCUGCAAGUAUAUCCAGAUAUUUUAAAGCAUUCUUAAACAGUGCAUUCUUAAAAAUUCCAUUAGAAGUUUGGUUACAUGGUGCCUAAAUUAUUCCCUUUAUUUUUUAUGUCCAGUAUUAAACCAAAGUACAAUAUUAUUUUGAAAAGACAAAAAAAAAUAUAUUUUUUUGAAAAUAAAGACACAUAAAAAAUGGGUAUGUAAUUGCGUGUACCAUAAAUCACGCGAAAAACAAAGUGGAAAAAUAUACCACUUCGCUCUAAAAUUAACGCUACUCUUCAUUAAUAAUAAUAAUUAUAAUUUCAUCUCAUAGUUAUUACACGACGUACAUAGGCAAAUUUAUUGAUCGUUUUCAAAGUUUUAUCAUUAAUGUAAUAAUAUUGCCUAUAUUUUUAAUAAAUGGGGAUUAUUUUUUAUAGUAUGAAGAUAGUGCUAACUCUGUUGCUAAGAUCUAAGUAUUAAGUAACCUAACCUAAAAAUUAAUUCAAUUGCUUAUUAUUCGAAUACCAUACCUAUUUGUUUAUGUGUCUUGAUAAAAAUCAUUCACGAAAAAAGUUAAUAAACAAAAAAGAAUUACGCCCAAAAAUAAUGUUCGA